AUGUCAAAAAAAGGCUCUAGAAAUCCUGUGAAAGAUAGAGAGAAUAAAUUUAAAUAUGAGAGAUCAGAGGGGUUAACUGAUCGUAAACUGCGUCGUAAAAUAAGAGAUAAGAAGUUGAAGGCAGGAUUACGAAGAAUUGAUGAUCAAUACAAUGAUACUGUUAAUGCAGCUGCAGCAACCGAAUAUUUAUUACCUGAAUCUGUAGGUUUCCUUGAAGCUGAAAAUGAAUUAGAAAAAACAUUCAAAGUCAAACAAGAUGAAAUCAAAGCAAGUGUAGAUAACUCUACCGCUAACAAAGCAUUAAAUUUAAAAUUAAAUGAUUUUGGUCCAUACAAUAUUGAUUAUUCUAGAAAUGGUACUCAUCUUUUGAUUUGUGGUAGAAAAGGUCAUGUUGCCUCAAUGGAUUGGAGAAAAGGUGAACUUCGUGCUGAACUGAAUCUAAAUGAAAGUUGUUUUGCAGCUGCUUAUUUGAAUAGCGAUCAAUAUUUUGCCGUUGCUCAAAAAAAAUAUACAUUUAUUUAUGACCAUGAAGGUGUCGAAUUGCAUCGUUUGAAACAGCACAUUGAAGCUAGACAUUUAGAGUACUUACCAUAUCAUUACCUACUAGCAACUGCUGGUGAAACUGGGUUUUUAAAAUAUCAAGAUGUCUCCACAGGUCAAUUAGUUUCCGAACUAAGGACCAGAUUAGGCCCAACUACAGCUAUGGCACAGAACCCAUGGAAUGCAGUUAUGCACUUAGGUCAUAGCAACGGUACAGUGACAUUAUGGUCACCAUCUAUGCCUGAACCAUUAGUAAAGCUUUUAUCUGCUAGAGGUCCUAUUAAAAGUAUUGCAGUUCAUAGAGGUGGUAAUUAUAUGGUGACAACAGGUGCCGAUAAGUCAAUGAAAAUAUGGGAUAUCAGAAACUUUAAAGAACUACAUAGUAUAGAAAAUCUGCCAUCACCGGGUUUGAAUUCUGCUAUUUCUGAUACAGGUUUAGUGGCCAUUUCACGUGGUCCUCAUGUCACUUUAUGGAAGGAUGCUUUAUCUGCAAGUCAAGCAUCGAGACCUUGUUUUGGUUCUAUGGGUGGUAAAAAGAAGAGAAAUACUCCUUAUAUGUCGCAUCUAUUUCCAGGCAAUAAAAUCGAAGGUAUGCAAUUUGUGCCAUAUGAAGAUUUAUUAGGAUUUGGUCAUAGAGAGGGUGUUACUAAUUUAAUUAUUCCAGGUUCCGGUGAAGCUAAUUAUGAUGCAUUAGAAGUUAACCCUUACGAAACAAGAAAACAAAGACAAGAACAAGAGGUAAGGAGCUUAUUAAACAAAUUACCUGCAGAUACUAUUACGUUAGAUCCAAAUGUUAUUGGUGCCGUUAAUAAGACUGCAUCUGCUGUUAGAUUGUCUGCAAAGGAUCUAGCACAAAUUACAAUUGAUAAAGAAAACAAGCUUAAAAAAGACGAGGAUAUUCCACAAGCUAAACCUGAUGUUAAGUCCAAAAACUCUGGUUUACGUGGCUUCCUACGUAAGAAGACAGCUAACGUUGUUGAUGAAAGAAAACAAAGAGUUGAAAGGAUGUUGGAGAAAGAAAAACAAUUACGUAAAAGAAAUCAACAAAUUGCCAGUGGUGAAAUUAACGAAAAUGAUAAAGAUUUGGUCACUGAAGCUUUAAAUAGAUUUGGUUAA